AACCUCCUUUCUCCUAGGCGACAUGCCAUAGUUCUAUGCUCAUGGUUUAGUAAAGCUAUCUCACACUAUGGCCGACUCUAAGAUGGACGAAGUAGAGAUGGCGCGCAUCAAUAGCGUCCAAGAAGCUGAGUCCUCCAAACUCGAACCUGAUCCUGAGCCUGGAAGCAGCCAGACCCCAGAAGAACACACGAUAAACCCCAAAAAUGAAGUUAAGGGCGUCAGGCUCAUCCCCGUAUUUGGUGCAGUUUGCAUGUUCACAUUUCUUGUUGGAUUGGACCUAAACAUGAUAGCUACAGCUAUUCCUGUCAUCACCAGCCACUUUGAUUCUAUCACAGAUGUAGGGUGGUACGGAUCGUCUUUUAUGUUGGCCUUAUGCUCGACUCAACCUCUCGCAGGGAAGAUCUACGUCCUAUUUCCCAAGAAGUUAGUCUACCUAGUAUACGUCGGCAUUUUAGAGAUCGGUAGCCUCGUCUGCGCGCUAGCGCCUACGUCAAGAGCGCUCAUCGUAGGCCGCGCCAUCGCCGGCCUAGGUGCCUCAGGCAUUUUCGCAGGAGGCUUCGUCGUGGUAACCACCAUAAUACCACUCCAUAAACGCGCCAUAUACACCGGAUCCAUUAGUUCAACUUUUGCCAUCGCGAGCGUCGUCGGCCCUGUGAUCGGUGGUGCUCUAACCCAACACGCUACUUGGCGAUGGUGCUUCUACAUUAACCUGCCUAUCGGUGGAUUUGCUGCCCUACUUUUCGUUCCGUUCUUCCGCAUACACUCUGAUGCAGGAGAGAAGGCUCCCCUCAAAAAUAAGCUGAAGGGUCUUGACGGAAUCGGCUUCUUCUUGUUUGCAGGUUCCAUGACUAUGCUACUACUAGCGCUCCAGUGGGGCGGCGUCACAUACGCCUGGAACUCAUCUAUCAUUAUCGGACUUUUCGUUGGAUGCGGCGUAUCUUUCGUGCCUUUUGUUGCGUGGCAGAUAUACAUGAAGGACGACGCUUUGAUUCCUCCGCGCUUAUUUACCGUUCAUCGAAAUGCCUGGCUUAUCUGUGCAAGUUCCUUUUUUGUGAACGGCCCAUUUCAGGUUAUAAUAUAUUGGCUACCUAUCUGGUUUCAAGCAGUCCUUGGUGUCUCACCUACGCAGAGCGGCAUCAAUUAUUUCCCAACGGUGAUUGCUGAUGCAGUAGCUGCAUUCGUUGGCGCCGGCAUGAUUGUGCAAGCUGUGGGAUGGUGGAAUCCAUUCCUCCUACUCGCCGAAGCGUUAGUGUGUAUAGGGGGAGGGCUUUUGUCUACCAUAUACCCAGAGGUCUCCAGUGGCCAUUGGAUUGGCUAUCAGAUUCUCGCUGGCUUCGGGUUUUCUUUGGCUGGCAAUUUAGCCCACCUCGGUAUGCAGGCGUCUUUGCCGAAGGAACUCGUACCCCUAGGUGCCACCACCCUUCUCGCUGUUAUUUCCACUAGCUGUACCAUCUUCACAGCCAUCGGACAGACAAUAUUCCAAAAGCGGCUAAUGGCAAACUUAUCGACUACCGUAUCGCCUGAAGUGGUACAAAAUAUUAUAUCCGCGGGUGCCACCAACCUUAACUCGGUCGUUGACGCUGCUGUGUUGCCAACAGUGAUACGAGAAUAUGGAAAGUCGGUUACGCAGGUCUUUUACGUACCUGCGGGAGCCCCCGUCCUCUCUUUCAUCCUCGUGGCUUUUACGAAGUGGACAUCUACUAAGAAGCGACCAACUCCUGCGAAAACCGAAGACCAAACAGUGCAGGAAUAGCUUGCUCAUUCAUUUGAAAUAUACUUAUAAAACUAAGGCUGCCUCUAACAAAUGCUUUGUUUGAAGUAGAGUGGUCUGGAUGGGCAUGGUGUGAGGUAGACAAUAGAUAGUAAUAAAUAGUUCAUCUUUGAGCGGUAGAAUUUAUCACAAUUUAACGGCA